GGGAGUUUUUCAUGUAAUGCCCGUGGUGAUGCCCAUUGCAAUUGUUGUUGUUUCAAUUUCAAUUUCGUUUCAAUGCAUAUUUUAUAUUCUGCCCGAUUCUGGCUGAUUCUGACCAAUUAAAAUCCACAAAGACUGAGGUGCUUGCUGGCCAAAUUUGGAAAGGCCUCAUGCAUUGUUGCUGUCAUUGCCCAAUGCCCAUUGGUAUUUAUUGAAAACCAGAUUAAAUUGGUUUAUAACAUUCACAUAACCUGAACCUAUUAGCAUCAAAACUAACUGCUUGAGGCUUUUGAGUGCUAGACCUCAUCAGCAAUGGCAGCUUCUUCAGAGAUCAUCAAUUUGAAUGUUGGUGGGACAAGGUUUUCCACCUCGCGCCAGACGCUGACGUGGGUGCAGGACACCUUCUUCACCGCCAUGCUGAGCGGCAGGAUCUCCAGCAUGCGCGACGAGACGGGCGCCAUCUUCAUCGACAGGGACCCCAAGCUGUUCGGCGUCAUCCUCAACUACCUGCGCACCCGCGACAUUGACCUCAGUUCGGUGGACCUGGACGCGCUGCGCCACGAGGCCGAGUUUUACGGCCUGCAGCCGCUGGUGGGCCGGCUGGCGCUCUGUCAGGAUCUGACUGCGCCCACCUGUGGCAGUGUGCUGUUCCACGGACUGCUGCAGCCGGCCGUCCCGCCGCCGUCACCCCAUUUCGCGGAGUCGGCGCUGGCUGAAGGGGCCGCCGCCGCUGCCGCCGCCGCCGCUCGGCCCGGGUCCAUCGUCCGGCUGCCGGAGACGCCCCGCUCGCACUCCCGCCAGUCGUCUGCCGACCUCAGGUUCGUGGCCGGUCUGGCGGCGCGGCCAGCACCAGUACCUAUGGGUCGGCCGGGCCACUCGCGCGGCGGCUCGCUGGAUCUGCGCCACCCGUCACACUCGCGCAGCUCCUCAGCUGAUCUGAGCCGCCUGCUGGCCCCGCCCGGCGGGGGAGGGGGCGGAGGGCUGGCCGGUCUGGCAGGGUGGCACGAGGCGGCCGGUGUGCGGAUCAUCAGGGGACACCACAACUGGCUGGUGGCUGCCUACGCGCACCACGUGUCCUGCUACCGCAUGAAGGACUCCACAGGCUGGCACCUGUUCUACACCUCUCCCUACAUCACCAGCGCUAUCGACCGCGUGGCCAUCAACGCCAAGGUGGUGCCCACUGGCUCGGUGGCCGACGCCAGCACUAAGAUGCUGGGUAUCAGCUGCGGUGCCUCGGUACACCUGUGGCGCAUAUCGGAGGACGGCUCCAAGUCGGACGUCGGUCAGUUCAGUCUGGGUGUGCCGGUGGAGCACCUGUUUUUCAUCGGCCCGCAGCUGGUGGCUCUCUCCUCGGCGGGCCGAAUCGGCGUCUGGCACGCCAUGACCCACCACUGGCAGGCGCAGGAGAUCGGCAGCGUGUCCAGCUUCGACCGGGCCGGGAGCUUUCUGCUGCUGGGCGGCACCAAUGGCUGUAUCUACUACAUAGACAUGCAGAAGUUUCCGCUGCGUAUGAAGGAUAACGACCUGCUGGUGACGGAGCUCUACCACGACGCCAGCAAUGACCCGAUCACGGCCAUCAGUGUCUACCUGACUCCGAAAACAAGUAAGGCUCGGCCCGCACGUCACCAUACCCCACCCUUGUUCAGUGUAGACUUGUGAAGUAAACUACAAAGCAGAACACAUUCUAAGAGCAAUCAUUUUUAUUGCAUUUUUAUUGCAUGCUAAUAAACACCAAACAUUCA